GAUGAGACACUGGUCACCUGACCAAGGCAUCAGAGCCAUGUUAAAACGUGUUCGCGAUGUCAGAGGAGUGCGGCCUUGCUACAGUGGAUGCAAGUGGUCUGCAGAGAAGGAGUCCAGGCAAAAAAAAAAUACAAAGGAGGAACUACCACAGCUCUGGACCAAAUGACACCUGGCACAUAGAUGGUAAUGAUAAGCUGAAGUUCUUUGGGAUCUGGGUACAUUUAUGCAUUGAUGGGUUUUCUCGAAGGGUUCUGUGGCUGAAGGUUGGCACUUCGAACCGCAAGCAAAAAUUUGUGGCAAGAUACUUCUUUGAUGUUGUUGUGGAACUAGGAGGAUGUCCCCGAUUGAUCCGGAGUGACAGGGGAAAGGAGAACCUUGUUGUUGGUGAAAUGCAGACGGCAUUUCACGUUCGACAACUUGGGGACCAGGCAUGGCAGUGCUUCAGGAUGGGCACAUCAGUUCACAACCAGAGAGCCGAAUGCUUCAACAGCAUGUUAAAGCGGACGUGGAUCAAGAAAUGGCUGACAAGAUUUGAGGGCAUGAUGGAGUCUGGCAUCCUCGAACUGGACAACCCUGUACACAUAAAUUGCCUGCAGUAUACACAUCUUGAGAUGCUUCAGGAGGACUUGAACAUUGAGCGGACAGUUUGGAACAGUCACGACAUUAGAAAACAACGGCAUGCUCCAGGUCCAUUCGGGAAGCCAGAUGUCAUGUACAACUCCCCACCUCCUGGCUUUGCUGAUAUGCUGUGCCCAGUUGAUGAUGACCUUCUUGACUUUUCACAACAAAUUGUCAGUGAAGAAAAUGAACACUUGCGUGUUGCAAACGAGGAAUUUCAAGACCUGUGUGGGGCCAUUUUAGCCAACAGCAGGUUUCCACACACCCUAAAUGGUUGCUUUGCUGCCUACCUUAAGUUAUUUGAAGAAAUAACCAAUUGUAUGAAUAGAAAUAUGCUGCAAACACCCUCUACAUUUGCAGAGGCAAACGAAUUAUAUAAAAUUAUGCUAAGGGAAAGAGAGUGA